AUGUUCUCGUCACACGGAACCGAGGAGGAAGAGUACGACUACACGCACGAUGAAGAGCGAAGGCGACAGCUCCGUGCAAACGUGCUCGAGGGCCUCAAGAUUGGAGAUGAAGAGGGCGAAGAAGGCGGGGCCGACGAUAACGAAAGAGCUGCCGCAGUCGACAAAAAUGUGAAUGGCGCACCGACGGCGGGGCCCGCCACCCCGUCCCUCACCGACCGGCUGCCCACCUUCAGCCCGCGCAAGAAUCAGGCCUUCCGCAACACCUUUGGCUUCAUCGCCCCUGGAGAUAUCCCAACGACCGACGAUGCUGGUGCUCCGGCCGCGCCUACCAAGCUGCGCGUGUCCACCCCUCCUGCAGAACGUAGGCAUCCCAUCCCCCUUCCCUCUUUCCCCUCCUCCGUCUUCUGA